AUCACUCAGAACAGUGGAUCUGUUCAGAAGCAACAUUAAUGAAAUAGAACAUGGUUCCUGGAACACCACACAUUUGCAGAUACUUAACUUGUCAUUUAAUAAUCUAUAUUCUAUUGUGAGACUCAUGUUUACGGGCCUGUCUCGCUUGGAGAUUUUGAGACUGGAAGGAAAUAGCCAACUUAACAACAUUGCCAAUGACACUUUUAGAGAGAUGACAGCUCUCACUACUCUUACAAUGGAGGACAUUAGCGGUGUUCUUCUGGAUGAUACUCUUGCAGAGUUGAGGAACCUUGUCUUCUUGGACUGUUCUUACACUUCUUAUGGGGUAAAGUUUGCUUCCAUGCAUCAGUUUACACACACCCCUGCAUUGAAAAUUUUAAAUGUGUCUCACUCAAACAUUGAAUAUCAUGAUUUGGUGAACAAGGAAACCAAAGAAUCGUUGUUCGAUGGGUUGAUAUCACUCCACACUCUCAGAUUGAGUGGGAAUAACCUUUUGGUGACUUUGCCCAACGUGUCCUGGAUGUUUUCUCCUCUACAGCAGAUGAAGUUACUUGACCUAACUUCUUGUUCAUUGGCUACAAUCACAUCACUGGUUUUCAAGAAUUUGACUGGACUGGAAGAGCUCAGGCUAAAUUCCAAUAAGAUUGUGAAUAUUUCUAAACAUGCAUUCCAGAAUUUGCACCAUCUGCAUGAUCUGCUUCUCCAAUACAACAGGAUAAGAUCAAUAGAUAAGGACUUGUUCAAAGGCACAAGAAGUCUAAAACGACUCUACCUACAGAACAAUCAGAUAUUUACAAUCACAGCCGAUAUGACUAUGCCGCCCUCUUUGAUCAGUCUACCAAUUUCAGGAAAUCCAUUCACCUGUAACUGUCAGCUGUCUUGGUUUAUGAAUUGGCUUCGUACCACCAAUGUGUCUUUGGGACAUGAGGACGAAAUUCUCUGUUCUAGUAAUUCAUUCAGUGGGCUUCAUAACAAGCCAGUUUGGUCAUUUCAUCCAGAAGAAUACUGCGACAUCAACACCAUCCUAGUUUCUGGUGUCAGCAUUGCCCUUGUUGUAGUCGCCUUUCUUUGUCUUGUGGUGUAUUACAAGCGCUGGUGGUUCAACCACAAGAUGUUUCUUCUAAAACUAGCCGUCAUUGGCUAUGAUGAAAUCACAGACGAUGCUGAUCCAGAUGACUAUGAAUACCAGCUUAACAUCAUGUUCCAUGAUGAUCACACCCAGUGGGUUAAUGAAAUCUUGAGACCUGCACUUGAAGAAAGGAUGCCUCAUCUGCAGAAAGUAGCCUUUGGAGAUGAAGCCCUUCAUCCAGGGAUGUACUAUCUCAAUGCCUUAUAUCAUAAUCUUGAUAACAGCUUCAAGACAGCAUUGUUGAUAAGUAACGAGUCAGUGGAGGAUGCUUGGUUCAUGACCAAGCUACGGAUGGCCGUUGAGCAUGUGAACGACACCAAGUUGGACAAGAUUGUCUUGAUAUUCCUGGAGGACAUCCAGGAAGCAAGUUUACCAUAUCUUGUAAGACUCUUGCUAAGUAGGAAUAAACCUUAUUUGUUAGUCACAGAAGAUGAAGAUGGUCAAGAGUUGUUUUGGGCUCAGUUUAAAAAAGAAAUGAGGGCAAACAAGGUUAUCAACAGUGUUAUUCCGAUUUGAACAUUCAAGAUUUCAAUGAGUUGCUGUUGAUAUUGGGUUCCUGAAGGGCUAGUGCUUGGUUCCAAUUUGAUUUAAUAAUAAUAAUAAUCCCCGUUUUAUAUUGCGCUUGAUACAUCGGAACGACGUGUCCAAGCGCUU